GAUUGAGGCAUAUAAUUCUGUUCAUGAUAAGCCAAAUAAAAGUCUAUCAGCUUUUACAAUUCGUGAUGCAAUUUAUCUCGCAGCUGAUGCUUGGCAAAAUGUAACAUCUAAUACUAUUAAUAAACAGCUUGAUAAAUUAAAUAAUUUGAUUGCAGAACUUCCAAUUGAUAAUCUGUUUAAUACUAAUGAGUUUGUACAUCUGGAUGAUAUUUUACUAAUUGAAGAAAUGCUAGAUGAUAUGACUCUAAUUGAACAAAUUCAUU